AUGGAGCUCCGUUCAUGGAUUCCCGACAUCCAUCAGGUCUUAUCGAUGAUCCUCAGUCCUCGAUCCAAAAGUCAACGGCUGAAAGCGAUUUCGUUCCUCUUGGUUGUGUGCAUGCUGCUGAGCGGUGCCUACGCCGAUGACGAUGCCGAGGGAGACGGAGAAGGAGGAGACGAGGGCAGCACGCAAGACCCCUCUGGGAUUGCACCCAACGGGACGUGUUCGGAUCCUGUCUGUGAGGAUAAAAUGGACAUGCUUCAGAGGAGCAUGGAUGACUCGAUCAAUCCUUGUGUGGAUUUCUACGCAUACAUGUGCGGCAACUACACCGCGCCGGAAACUCCCCUCGACGCCGUGAUUCAUUUCCUGAUGAGGGGGAAAGCCGAGAAUCAAGCCGAGCGGCAAGCUCAGACAUUCUACAGAUCGUGUCUCUCACAGAACGAUCAUCCACAGAGAAAUCUCAAUCUUAAGGCGCUUCAAGAUGUUAUGGAAGAUCUCGGAGGCUGGGAAUUGAGUGGAAGCACCAUGAAACUAGAUAUGCCAGCUUUGAUGAAUAAAGUGCAUAACAAGUACGGAGCCACCCUCUUUUUCGCCUGGGGUGUGAACUUCGACCCGACGAAUUCCUCACAGCACGUCAUCUUGAUCACACCGGAGGACAGUCAAUCGGGUUUCUGGAGGAGAAUGACAGGCAAUGAGAAUCAGAUUCAAGAACUCUCCCAAUAUCUUGUGGAGUUGAUGGUGGCAUCCGACGAUCCGGGUCAGAACAACGGCCCGCAAUUGGUGCAGAUGGUGAAGGACAUCAUCCAACUCAAUGACGGCUUUCAGAGGUCAACGAUGGAGGAGCUCACAUACGAAAAGCUCACCGUGUCCGAAAUGGACGAAAUCUUCCCUCAUGUGAAUUUCACGAAUUUCUUCUACAUGCCUUUCUUGCGGGGUGAUGUAGUUAUCUCAACGCAAACUAUGCUCAGCGUAUUCAAUCGCCGAGCCUUGGAGAAUUUGGCCCUCGUCAUAAGCGAGAGCUUGAGCGAUCCCAUUCGACAGAGAACGCUUGCCAAUUACAUCAAGAUACGGGCCUUGAUCCACGUGGCCCAAAACCUGGAAACAGAUCCAGACUUGCUACAAAGCCUCUGCUUAGAAGCCGCUUUCAAAAGACUGACGGCGGCGAUGAACUCGAUUUACGUGAGACAGAGCUUCACCAGAGAUUCUACAGUGAGAGAAGACGUCACGAACCUAUUCGGAUCCAUAAAAAAAUCCUUCAGUGAGAGGCUUAGCAAUAUGACCUGGAUGGAUGACCUCACGAAACUUUACGCCAUGAGCAAGGUGCAGAACAUGUCAAUACUGGCCGGAUAUCCGGACAAAUAUUUCGACGACUCGUAUAUGACGGAUCGACACGCCAGCCUGGCUCUUGACCCUCUUAAUCUCAUAGAGAACGUCCUACGAAUCCAAAAAUUCAACUUGGAGUCUGCGGCUAGCACGCUGCUGUUAGCGGCGAACAAGACGGACGCUUUCGAUAUUUAUCAUGCCAAAGGGAGGAAUGCGUUCUACUUGUACGGCGUGGACUGCGUUCUCGUCCUCCCGCGUUUGCUACAGGAACCUUUUUACCACACAGAUUACCCCGACACUGUGAAGUACGCGGCUCUGAGCUUCAUAUUGAGUCGAGAGCUUAUUCACGCCUUCUUCGUUCCCGACAUCUACGUCGACCACAAAGAUUUGUGGAUGUCGGAGGGUAGCUUUGAAGAGUUCCAGCGUUUAUCGCAGUGCUAUGUGGAUCGCUACUCGAAAUUUAGCUUCAAUGGAACGCAGCUCAACGGGACUCUGAAGCUGGAUGAGAACAUUGCCGAUGUCAGCGGAUUAGCGCUCGGCUAUGACGUGUUCAAGUCGAAAUUGAAUCAGACUGACUCGCUAUCACCUGUCAAGCCGGGUAUAAGUGCUGAUCAAUAUUACUACAUGGAGUUCGCUCAUUUCCUCUGCCGCGAGCCCAAUCGUGCGGACAGCCCUCAAGAGGUGGCAUUCAGUCGGCAUUCGCCUUCCCCCAUCAGGGUGAACGGUGCGACAGCCACCUCCGUAGAUUUCAAGCAAGCAUUCAAGUGCUUCGUCAAGGACGAGGAGGAAAGAUGUCCUCUGUGGUACGACUGA